UUUUACCGACGCAAACGAAUUUUGUAAUAUUACAAUUUAAUCAACACAACUACCCAAAUACAGCGUGCAUUUACCGUUCCUGACAAAGUCGAUCGUGACGCGAAUUUCAACAAAAACAAAACAAAAACAAAAACAAAAUUGAUGAAAUGGACGUCGAAGCAAAGUUAGAAACUUUACUAAAAAGCUUUAACUUAGAGGCGAAAAUUGAAUAAAAUCCAUCUUCCUGGGCGUAAGGAUGUAAAAACUAUGGAUAAAGCUGAGUUUUUGAAAGCAUGUCCAAAAUAUGCUGAUUGGCGGUCGCCGGAUUUGAUUCAAAUAGAUUUUAAACUUUUGUUCCCCGGUAAAGAGGACGCAUUGUCCGGUAAAUGGGAAAAUUUUAAGGAAAAAAUAUCUCUUUACUAUGAAUCAAAUAUUCAUAGCCCUAGCUGCAGGGAACUGCUAAAAACUUCAACCAAAGCGGAGAAUAUUGAUUCGUCUGAUUUUAUUUUCACUAUUCUGUUACCGUCGGUGCUACCAGAAUACCUGAGUUCCAUCAAAAACAUCAAGGAGCAGGACAAAAAAUAUUUUCUAUACAGAAAUCUGUAAAAUAAGUAUAAGUGUAACUAAACUAUUAUGAAAAAUAAAUGAUUUAAUAA